AUGGUAGGGUGUGAAGAAGGGGGUUCAACUAAUUGGCAAGUGCCCGGUUCGUUAGUUAAAGUUGAAUUGGGAGAUGAAGUUGAAACUGGAGUAGUUGAAGUCGAUAAGGAGGAUGUGUAUGGAGUUAUUGAUGACGUUGAUAUUUCAUUACGAUUUUCUGUUAAACAGUCUUCAGUAUCUGAUACCUGA